AUGCAAGCCAAUAACCGUUCCACGCUCUUCAUCCUUCUCUCACUAACUGUAAUUUCCUUGGUGUGUGGCUUCCUUGCAUCAUCAUCCAAGGCCAACACACUCUCCAAUGUCCUCUCUACAGUCGAUGCUCUCACUCUCUCCGCAUCAUCGGAAGGAUAUGUCUUAUCGGAUGAAGCCUCCACCUCUACGAUCGCUCUCUCAUUUGAUGAAUUUAAUGAAAUGGCUGAUGAAGAAAUAUUUGGAGAGGACUUGAAUGAAUCGGAUCAAAAUUCUAAAGAAGAAGAAAAUAAUGAAGAAGAAGAAGAGAAUGAUGAAUCCGAGUCGAAUCUCGAAAUGGCAGAGAGUGGUGGCACUGCUGAAGCACAAGUUGCCUCUGCCGAUACUCAAACAGCUCAAGUCACACAAGCAACAACAACAACAACUAUAGCAGCAACGACUCAAAACGAAGAUGAAGCUGCUGCUUCUUGGUUGGCUUAA